AGUGCGCGGGGCGAGGCGGGGGUGCUGGGCGAGGCUCGGGCUCCGGCUCCAGCUGCUGCGGCCGCAGGUCUCCGAGCGGGUCGGAGUCGCCGCGGGCGCGUAGCACACUGCAACCCCAACCCAAGCCCCGGGCUCCCCACCAGUGUCCCCGCUGCUGCCUCGCCUCGGCCAGGCCCCAAAGGCAAGGACAAAGAGGUUUUCCGGAGGCUCAGCCGGAGCCAGAUUUUACCUGUAGAGGAGCCUGCCGGGAACCACAGGCUACAAGAUGGUUUGCGGGGGCUUCGCUUGUUCCAAGAACUGCCUGUGUGCGCUGAACCUACUCUACACGUUGGUUAGUUUGUUGCUAAUUGGAAUUGCUGCCUGGGGCAUUGGCUUUGGGCUGAUUUCCAGUCUCCGAGUGGUCGGCGUGGUCAUCGCAGUGGGAAUCUUCUUGUUCCUGAUCGCAUUAGUGGGGCUGAUCGGAGCUGUAAAACACCAUCAAGUAUUGCUUUUCUUUUACAUGAUUAUUCUCUUACUUGUAUUUAUUUUUCAGUUUUCUGUAUCAUGUGCUUGUUUAGCCCUGAACCAGGGGCAACAGAGUCAGCUUCUGGAAGUUGGUUGGAACAAUACAGCAAGUGCUCGAAAUGACAUCCAGAGAAAUUUAAACUGCUGUGGGUUCCGAAGGUUAAACCCAAAUGACACCUGUCUGGCUAGCUGUAUGAAAAGCAGACACUCGUGCUCACCAUGUGCUCCGAUAAUAGGAAAAUAUGCUGGAGAGGUUUUGCAAUUUGUUGGUGGCAUUGGCCUCUUCUUCAGUUUUACAGAGAUCCUGGGUGUUUGGCUGACCUACAGAUACAGGAACCAGAAAGAUCCUCGUGCUAAUCCUAGCGCAUUCCUUUGAUGAGAAAACAAGAACAAUGUUUCAUAUUCUCAUCUUGUACACUUCCUCUAACUUUACGUUAAGCUAAUUUGCCUGUUAAAGGAAACAGUAUCUGAAAAACUAUGUUAUUGACAGUGGAAUUAUAUAUUUUUACUUUAUGUUUCUCUAAAUGUUUAUCAUUUGUCCAUUGCUGAGAAAAAUCUGAAACUUGUGGUCUCCUCUGUACCUCAGUGGUACCUGUAAUCUCCUAUAUUAACAGUGUCUGGCACUGUCCACUGUUGCCUUUCUUAGCGUUUUUACCUGCAGAGAAACUUUGUAUGGCACUAUUGUGUUGAUUAUAUUGUGAAUCUAAAUGUACAUCUCACUGGAAUGAUUAAUUGUAUGUGGCAUUGUGCUGUGUCGAUAGUUCCUACUGGAAAAAGAGCUGAAGUGUAUUAAAGCUGGAAAGUAUGAUUCUGUUAUAUUAAGUUCAGUAAGGGAAACCUCAAUUCCCCCAAUUUUUUUUUUUUUUUUUUGGUCUCUUUAGGAGAGAUGUCAUUGUGGUGAAAAGUGUUAAUGUAAAAGUGAUGAUUUAGUUCUAGUAGUUUUUCUGGUUAUACUCAUGUAUUCUAGAAAUAGCUAUGUCUACAGGAAAGUGUGGUUUAGUUGCUGAUUUUUACAGGUAAGUGCAAAGGAGAAAAGGCCUCAUGGAUGUUGUAAUGUGUAACAUUUGCCUUCAGCCUUCAAAAUGGAAUGAAUUUGAGAAAUUCAGGAAGUAUAUCUAUAUAAUCUUGAUGUUCUUUUAUAAUAAUUUAUAGUCCAAAAGGCUGCAUUUUUAAACGGGUUACUAUUAAUGCAUUGGCCCAUGUAGCAGAAAGAUACUUCAUUAUCUCAGAAAUUGUUAAAUAUCCUUUUCAUGAAAUUUCUCAGUAUUGUAACAGCAGCUUGUCAAAUCAAAGACUAUUUGAAUAUGAUUGCCCAUUAUUUGAAUUGAAAUAGUAUUGUGGUUCUGUAUAUUAUGUUAAAAAUUAAAAUAUGGAAACCUUUA